CAAGUUGUCAAGAUUCCUGCGAAACAAACCAGCACUAGAGCUCAGCAGUCUUCUCCCGAUUUGCUGAUAGAUUUUGCACCUCUCAUAAUCCGGCUUCUAAAUUGUAAUUGUAAUAUUAAUUACACACGUGUUACAAGGUAUACUCGAAAAUGGCUAGUGAAGUGGAGCUAGCGCAGAACGCUUCACCCGGCGACGACACCAUCUUCGGCAAGAUUCUACGCGGCGAAAUCCCGUGCAAAUUAAUCUACGAAGAUGAACAGUGCGUUGCGUUUGACGACAUCAGCCCCCAGGCGCCGGUCCACUAUUUGGUGAUUCCGCGCAAACCUAUUCCACAGUUAUCCAAGGCUUCUGACGCCGACGAGCAGCUGCUCGGCCACCUUAUGCUCGUCGCCCGCAAAAUUGCCAAAGACCGCGGCCUGGACAACGGCUUCCGUAUGGUAGUAAACGAUGGGCCUAUUGGCGCCCAAUCGGUAUAUCAUCUGCAUUUGCACAUUUUAUCCGGUCGCCAGAUGCACUGGCCACCAGGAUAAGUGCGCAUGUGUAUAACUACAUAUUAUCAUUCAAUUGUAGUGAACUUUAUUGUUUGUUAGCUUUUUCUAACGUCAAUGGGAGGUAAAUAAAAUCAUUUGACCUGUAAAUCUAUGCAAAAUAAAGUCAACUUUAUGCCUUAAAUGGUUGCAUGCA